CUUGCGUACGUCACCGAAUCAUUGCGCUUGCCCUUGUUCCACACACCGAGCUAUGGAUUUCUUUGGAAACGCAAAUGAUAUGGGUGGCGGCCCUGGAGGACUGUUCGCUCAGCUAGCCCAAGGACUCGGUGGCGGGGCAGCGCAUCGCAUAGGCAGACCUCCUCCUCGCUCAUACGACGAGUACCUCAAAGCGUACAGUGUAGCAAUGCUACCAGGUCGCGAGCGAGAGAAUGUGUCUUAUGGAGGCAAAAUCAUCAUGCCACCUUCUGCCCUCGCCAACCUCACAAACCUUGAUCUUGAGUCGCCUUGGAUGUUCCAGUUGCGCAACCCUUCGAAUCCUGCGGCAUCCACCCACGCAGGUGUUCUCGAAUUCAUCGCCGAGGAGGGUGUCGUCCAUCUUCCGUACUGGAUGAUGAAAACACUACGACUGAAUGAAGGAGACCCUGUUCGCAUCACAGGCACAGAACUUCAGAAAGGAAAGUUCAUCAAGCUGCAAGCACAGGAGCCGCAGUUUGUAGAGGUUUCAGACCCCAAGGCGGUACUCGAACAGGCGCUUCGCAACUUCUCCGCAUUAACCCAGGGUGACAUCGUUGAAAUAUCUUACAACUCUAUGGUCUUUGGAUUGCUGGUGAUGGAAACGAACCCUGGUGGUGGAGGCAUUAGCGUCCUAGACACUGACUUAGAGGUCGAUUUCGCGACACCGAAAGGAUAUGUCGAACCUGAGCGGCCAAAGGCGGCGCCCCCUUCAACCAUGGCUUCCAAGCUAAACAUCGAUCUCAAUUCCUCCACACCAGGUUCUUCUAGACCGUCAUCGUCAUUAGGUGGCGGGUUUACCGCAGGAAAAACAACUGCAGUCAGCAAAGGCGGUGACCAUUGGGAAAGCUUCAAGGGUAAAGGCGAAACUCUUACUGGCAGGAAAACCAAAGGCAAAGGUAUCAGCCAUCGGACGGUUGAGCAAGUGCCCGAAGGCAGCAAAAUUUCUCGGACUGACAAGCACAAGGUUGUCACCACUGAUUCCAUGGACACGGAGGGCAAAGUUCCGGCACCUUUGAAUCUCCCUUUUGGGAAGCUAUUCUUUGGAUUUAACGUUGUGGAAUACAAAGCACCUGAAGUCAAGCCGCCUGGGUCGCCGCCUACGUCGCCAGGGGUUGCUACAUCUUUUGCUGGGUCGGGUAAUACGCUUAAUGGCCGAAGCAUUCCUCCAGAAAACUCAAAGGGGAAGCAAAAGGCCACCGAGCAGCCAUCAGCCUCAUGGUCGGGCCAAGGACAAACGCUUCGCACGCAGCCAGAGUUGUCCCAUGUUCCUCCAAGUUUUCGAGGUCGUGAGCUAGGCGCUGGAGGAACAGGUGCAAGGCAGACACCAAAGUCACAGGCUCGUCGGAGUCCCACUCCGGACUGGGGAGUCGACGAUGAUGAGAUUAUUGAUAUUGAUAGCGAUUAGACCUUGUACGCUGUGACCUCAGGGAGGCUACCUCAGUUUCAUAGUUGUGUACCAAUAUAGUCCGCUAUGUACUUACAGCUUCUAGAGCAUACGGUUCACCCACUCACCCACACAUUCAUAUUACAACAUAACAACACCAACGCCUUUACCAGCAGAGACCCC